GACGGACCUGGACACGGACACGGGUCGAAGAGCUUCGAUUCAGGAGCUUUGCUCCUGCAGCUUUGCUUUUUGUUUUUAAUAUACUUCUACACCGGAUUCUACACCAUUGCCCUGCAGUGACCAUGCAGUCAGCGAUUGUGGUUCAGAGGUUUCUUUUUUUCUGCCCCUUCGCUUCGAAAAGAGCUGACCCAACUGAAGCCAUUCCGAAGCCAUGACGGUGCUACAGCAUGUCUUGGAGCAUACCGAAGAGGAGGACGGACUUAGGACCUUGCAUCACUAGGAUCAGGUUGUGCAUGUUUGAUUCUAGUGGAUCACAAUUGGGUGUUGUAUGUUCAUGACCCCGUAUGAAGGUAGUUUGUAUUCUUACUGUACAUGCUUGUUCUUGUGCAAUGAGAACUAUGAUGGAAGAGAUGGCACUUGAUGGGUGAGUUUUAUGAGGUUGGGGAGGACCCAGACUUAGGGCGCUUAGCCCCUAUGACCUUCAGGCGGAUCAGGAAGUCCGAAAAGAACAGAAUGCUCUGUCUAUUCGACAAGACACACACUUGCCUUUCUUCGCACUGUCACUCUCACUCUGGAUGAAACAACGCCACCACUCAUCCCAUGUGGUCUUUCUGCGUAGAGGAGAUGGAGAAGAUCCGAGAGAACAUGAGCCAAGUCUUCACAACAAUCGGCGUUGUAGCUGCCUUGAUUUUGACCAUGGAGAAGACCAACGAGGUCAUUCAGGAUGAUGAUGCUUCCCACUGGAUCGACUGCAGUGAAGUUCCGUGCAACACGAUCCACGUGACUUUAAGUUGGUUCUCUCUUAUUGGUUGUGCACAUGCGGUGAUGUACACCACUUGUGCCAUUGUUUGGCUUAGUGUCACGCCUCAAGAGGCAACACGCGAUUUUCUAUAUUGGACCCCUUCAAUUAUGCAGCGGCCUUCGCAAUCAAUGAUGCUGGGUGUGGUUUGCUGGAGCUUUGAUGCCUUGUGGCUUACCAUCAUCAAGCAUGGCUCCAGCCUGAUGAUUUGGCUCGCUGUCCCAGCGUUUGGCCUUUUGUUCCAUGUGGCGUGGACCUUCGUGCGCAUGCGAUUCUUCUGCUGGAAUUGGCCCAAAGAACCAUGUGGCUACUACCAAACAGCUUGGAAAAUGCAGGGUGUCAAACAACCUGCUGGAGCUGAGGCUGCCUAUCAGCCCAUUAAUACAGGAGAUGCUCUUGGCGGGUCCGGCGGGCCAGCGACCCGCUGAGUGAUAGAAAAGUAGAGCCGUGGGACAAGGUUAAACCUAUCCGAUCCCACAUCUGCCAGCAGCAAUGUUGCCUGCCUGACCAUUAAUACAUAUGAGGCACCUCCAAAAGAAGGCUGCCUUGUACAGAGCCUGGGCGCUUUCGCAGUGUAGGAUGCGAA